AUGUGUGCAUUUGCUGGAAAUAGCGCUUUUGGUCAAGCAAAAACAGGAUCAGCUUUUGGUGCAAAGCCAGCGACUACAAGUUUUGGUGUUGGUGCGGCAGCUUCAAAUAAAGUAGAAGAAAAAGAAGUGACAGAUGAAAAACUUUCAUGGAUAAGAUAUUUCAAUGCAGCUAAAAAAGGUGAAACUACAAUUGAGAAAGCUUCAGGAGAUCCUUCUCAAGGAGAAAUCGCAAUUACUUCUCUUGAUCUUCAAUUUCCAGAAGGAACUAAAGAAGAUCAAAAAUUAGUUUAUCUUGUUGAUGGAUAUCAAGAUGUAACACUCGAAGAACUCAGACUUUUAGAUUACAUUGCAAAUAAAGCAAUUAAUAUUGAUUCAAAGUUCCAAUAUGCAGAUGAAUUAGUUUCUCAUAAGGUGAUGAAAACAACUGGUUUUGGAGCUAAACCAGGUACAACAACAACUAUGCAAACUUCAGCUUUUUCAGCUGCAAGUCAACAAAAACAAGUUACGUUUCCCAAAGAUUUCUUACCAAAGGCUGAGUCUGUAGUUCCAGAAGUCUCUUCAAAGUACUUUAUUCCAUCAUAUCAUCAAUAUGCAAAUAAAACCGAAUCUAAUACGGCAGAUUUAGAAAUGGGACAACUAUAUCAAGAAUCUACAGAUUUAAACGAUAAUUCUACAUUGUUUGAGAAGAAAAUUCCAGCAACAGAAAUUCCAAUUGAAUCAUCUCGUUCAGAAGCUAUUGUUAUUCCAUCUUCUGCCUUCCCAACUAAUUCCCAACCAUUUCUUAGUAAUGAUAGCCACGUUAAUCCUACAAAAAUCUCUGUAAAAGCAGAAGUAAUUAACUUUUUCAAAGAAGGAAUAGCCUCCAUAACUCUUGUUCAGAGUGGUCUCAGCUUUGACUCAUUUACGAGAUCCCAGACAUAUAUUAGCAACUGUUUUGUUGAUUUUGGCUCAGAUAUUAAUCCAAAGUGCGAACAACCAUAUGCAUUAAUUACAUUUUACGGAGCAUGGCCAAAGGACAAAAAUGGUGUAAGAAUGCCAUCUCUUUUUGAUAAUUCUUAUGAAGAUUUGUUAAAACGCUACUGCCAGACACACCAUUUGAAUUUCUUGAACUACAGAUCAGAUAUAGGAAUGUUCACCUUUUAUACAUCAUUCCCUAUAAUCAAUGGUAGCAGAAUGACUGAAUAUGAUAUCCCAUAA